UGGCGGCAGUGAUAGCUGUAAGUGAGUGAGUGAGUGUGUGUUUGUGUGUGUGAGCUCAGCUCGGUGCAGCAGCAGCAGCAGAAGAAGAAGAAGGGAGGGGUGCACAGUCUGCACACAGACGUUUCUGGAUCAACCGAGAAGCUUCAAACAUCUUGAGCGAUGGCGGAGGCCCAUCAGGCGGUGGCGUUCCAGUUCACCAUAACUCCAGAGGGGAUCGACCUGCAGCUGUCCUAUCAGGCCCUGAACCAGAUCUACCUGUCUGGAGUCCGAUCCUGGAAGAAGCGAGUCAGCCGCAUGAGGAACAGCGUGAUUAAAGGAGUGUACCCGGCCAGCCCUUCCUCCUGGCUCUUUGUCGUCAUAGCGAUCCUGGCCACCAUGUACAUGCGCUCGGAUCCCAGCAUGGGGCUCAUCACCAAGAUACAGCAGCACCUGCCACUAAGCCUCCAGGGUCCGCUCAGCACCCAGGGUCAGACCAUGCUGUCAGCGCUGGUCUUCAGCACUCUGCUGUGGCUCUCGCUCAUCCUCGCUCUGCGCUUCUGCCUCAAACUGCUCCUCUCCUACCACCAGUGGAUGUUCGAGCAGCACGGCCGCGUCUCCAACACCACGAAAGUCUGGGUGAGUCUGGUGAGGUUAUUAUCCAGCAGGAAGCCUCUCCUGUACAGCUAUCAGACGUCUCUGCCUCACCUGCCUGUUCCCGCCAUCAAGGACACGCUGAGCAGGUACCUGCUGUCGGUGCGCCCCCUGCUGAAGGAUCCAGACUUUAAACGAAUGACUGAACUGGCCAAUCAGUUUGAGUCAAACCUGGGAAACCGGCUGCAGCGCUACCUGAAGCUCAAAGCUCUGUGGGCCACCAACUACGUGAGCGACUGGUGGGAGGAGUACAUCUACCUGAGGAGCCGAGGUCCCAUCAUGGUCAACAGUAACUACUACGGCAUGGACUUCCUGUAUGUGACUCCAACUCCAGUGCAGGCUGCCAGAGCAGGAAACACCAUCACCGCUCUGCUGCUGUACCGCCGCAAGGUCAACCGGGAGGAACUCAAACCGAGUCGUGUCCCAGGCACCGUCAUCCCUCUGUGUGCCGCUCAGUGUGAGAGGAUGUUCAACACAACACGCACACCAGGAGCUGAGACAGAUGUGCUCCAGCACUGGCAGGACAGUGAGUUUGUGGCGGUGUAUCACAAAGGUCGUUAUUUCCGCCUGUGGGUGUACCGGGCCGGCCGCCUGCUGUCUCCCAGAGAGAUCGAGCACCAGAUCCAGAAGAUCCUGGACGACCCUUCACCCCCGCAGCCUGGAGAGGAGAAACUGGGAGCUCUGACUGCUGGAGACAGGGUUCCCUGGUCUCAGAUAAGGAAGCAGUACUUCAGCUCUGGCAUCAACAAGCGAUCGCUGGAUGCCAUCGAGAGGGCGGCGUUCUUCGUAACCCUAGAUGAUGAAGAGCAGGGCAUGAAGGGAGACGACCCAGCGGGGAACCUGGACCGCUAUGCCAAGUCUCUGCUCCACGGGAAAUGUUACGACAGGUGGUACGAUAAAUCCUUCUCCAUCAUCAUUUACAAGAAUGGGAAGAGUGGACUGAACGCAGAGCACUCCUGGGCCGAUGCACCGACCGUGGCUCACCUUUGGGAGUUCACUCUGGCCACAGACGCCUUCCAGCUGGGCUACACUGAGGACGGACACUGUAAAGGCGACGUGGACCGCUCACUGCCCCACCCACAGAGACUGGCCUGGGACAUUCCCACCGAGGUUCAGGCUCAGGUGAGCAGCUCUCUGGCUGUUGCUCAGGCGCUGGCGGACGAUGUGGACUGUCACGUGUUUCCCUUCAGAGACUUCGGAAAAGGACGGAUCAAGAAGCUGCGCAUCAGCCCCGACGCUUUCAUACAGAUCGGCUUACAGCUGGCGUACUACAGGGAUCGUGGUGGUUUCUGUCUGACUUACGAAGCGUCGAUGACGCGUCUGUUCAGGGAGGGCCGGACGGAGACUGUGAGAUCCUGCUCCAACGAGAGCUGUGCCUUCGUCAAAGCUCUGGAGAACGAAGAAGCAGAGGACCAUUGCAGGCGUCUCUUCCGACUGGCUUCAGAGAGACACCAGAACCUUUAUCGCAUGGCCAUGACCGGAGCCGGCAUCGACCGACACCUCUUCUGUCUGUACGUGGUGUCCAAAUACCUGGGAGUGGACUCGCCCUUCCUCAAAGAGGUUUUGUCGGAGCCGUGGCGUCUCUCCACCAGUCAGACCCCGAUUCAGCAGAUAGAGCUGUUUGACCUGAAGAACCACCCUGACUUCAUAUCGCUGGGCGGAGGCUUCGGACCGGUGGCGGAUGAUGGCUACGGGGUUUCAUACAUCAUCGUGGGCGAGGACAUGAUCAACUUCCACGUGUCUUCCAAACACUCCUGCAAUGAGACUGACUCCCACAGGUUCGGAGCUCAGAUCAGUAAAGCUCUCCAAGACAUCAUGACUCUGCUGGCCGCUGACACCAAAACCUCCUCGACCUCUAAAGGCAGCGCUCAGCCUCAGACCAAGAAGCUCCUCUGAGCGAGAUAGAUGCAGCUCAACUGGUGGACGAACAUUAUCCUCGAUGUAGAGACCAUUAAGAAUCCAUUAACUGAAACCACAGCCCAUUAUGUGACCAACUAAAAGCAUGAAUUGAAAUAGAAAGUGAAUUUAAUGAGUAGGUCUGAUUCAGCACUCCAACCAUUUUAAUACACAACAAUUAAAUAAAAACACUGCCAGAUUUACUUUGAUCCAUUAAAAACAUAGAGUUCAAAGCCGUCUCCGUGAAAACAGGAACUAACAGUAUAUUUGACUAUAUUUCUGUCUGUCGGAGAGAUUCAGCUGCACAACGCGAGAAUGCAAAAUGCUUCCCUGCUUUCUCUGAGAAUAUGAAGCCUGUGAAGGUCGAUUUUUAGGAAAGAGGGAGCGAAGGUCGUCACUUAGGAAGGAAGUCUUUGAGCAAAGUAAGAAGCAGAGAACGAGAGACAAAUCUGUCCAACAAUAUGAGGAAAGCAUUGAGGGACCCUGAAACCUUAAAAUUAAAGUGAAGGGACAUGAGACCUAAAGGACUGUGGGAAGUGAUGCUGUGCAGAUCAGCCUCACUGACACUAAUCAUACAGUUUAGUAUUCAUGUUGAAGGUCACUGCGAACAUUUGGGAAAGCUUGAGGGAAAAAUGGAGAUGAAGCAGAGAUCAAUCUUAAUGAAGGGAAAGAGUUACUGAGAGCAAAGUAGACACAUUUUUUAUUGUUGUUUAAUUGAAUGUAUCAAAUGGGACUAGAGUUACAUUACUUUUAAUUUGAUUUAAUGCCCCGUACAUUUAGGUUCAAUUUCACUCAUUCAAGAAAUAGUUUGAAUUGAACUGAACUCAGAUUUACAGGAUUCAGAUACAUUAUCUGAUGACACAAAUUAUUUCUGCAGGAAUGAGUCCUAAAUCCCUGAAAUGAGUCAGCAUGUUUGCACCUCAGAGUCAAUGGGUUUCUGGUUAGAUGCCUGAAAUAAUGCAGUUUGCAUGUUCUCCCCGUGUCAGCGUGGGUUUCCUCCGAGUGCUCCGGUUUCCUCCCAAAGUCCAGAGACACACAGGUUAAUUGGUGACUCUAAAUUGUCUGUAGGUGUGAAUGUGACUGUGACAGUCUGGCGACCUGUCCAGGGUGAAGUGCCACCCUUUUUAGCGACCUAGUUUGUCGCUGCCGUUGUAAAGAUUUGCUGCCAUCACUGAUCAAUACCCGCUCACAUUCACAGGGCUAAUUGCUGUUUUUGUUGUUGUUUUGGUUUAUAUUUACUAUUACAUUAUGUAAAUAUUGCAGAUUCCGGUGGGCGGGACAAGUAAUAUUAGUACAUCCAAAAACCCUGCACGCAAUAGUCUCCCUUCCCCUCUCUCUGAGUCCCUCUCAAACACACAGACACCUUGGAGAGCGUCGCGGCACUCAGUCCUAAUUAGAGCUGGGCGAUAUGACUUAAAAACAACACCGCAAUAUUUUUAGGCUAUAUCGCGAUACACAAUAUGUAUCGCGAUAUUUUGAAAUGUCUGUUAAAGGACUGUAACAUUCACACAGUACAGUGACAUUAAAGUUAACUAAAGUAAAGCCAGCCUCAGUGUCCGCCCUGUCAGGCUAUAUGUUUCCCACAGCUGCGUCUUCAAGUGCCCCUCCGGCCCUUGUUUUGUGUCUCUCUAGGUUGUCAUGACUCAGCAAGGGAGAUUGAAAGGUUUCCUGCCGACUCUUUGACUUAAGCAUCCUUAAAGGGAUGGUUUGGAUAUUUUCAAGUGGGGUUGUAUGAGGCCACUUACACAAAGGAAGGGUAUUAGCUGCAGUCUGUUGGUACGCCCCCAGUUUGGAUGUACUGCUGUGGCGGGGGCAGCAGCAAGAUGUAUUUUAGGCAGCUAAAAAAAUCAAUUUCAGUUUAAAUGCAUGCUAAAUUUAGAAUAGCCUGUUCAGACGGGGUUACUGAAACCGUUAGCUGUGUUCUCUUCAAAGCCACCAGACUCCACUGAGAAACACAGGAGCUGCUGGUCUACCGCUGCCUCAGUCAGUCAGUUUGUUUGAGUUACUGUGUGACUUUGUUGAAUCCAAGCAAACAGGGGCCUUCAACAGGGGGUCUGUGAAACCUCGGGGGCCUCAGAGUUACUGUUUUUUCUUUUUUCAAUAAUGAAAAUAUGUCUAAAAAUGCACAUUAACACAAAUCCAACACAUUAUUAGCAAAGAUAAAUCGGCCUCUUUGGGGCUGGGUGCAGUUUAGUGUACAGUACAUCGCACUGAAUCCACUAUCACCAUAUGAAUCUGUCAACAAUUAUUAUUUUAAUAGCUUUAUUAUUGUAUGCACCAUGUUAAGGUAUGUUUACAUGUUAAAUAUUUAUGUCAAUUUUAUACAUGUAGUUUGGGGGUCCCUGUUUUUAUCAAAGGAGUCUGGUGGCUUUUAAGAGAGCGUAGAUCACAGCUUCAGUUUCCCGUCGCAGUAGGCUGUGUGACGGCAGGUGAAGUGGUGAAAAUAUUCUAAAUAUAUUGUACAUUUAAACUGAUAUUGUUUUUUUGAAGUGGCUAAAUAGGUUUUGCUGCUGCCCCCAUUCACAACAGUACAUUACUCAGCCUCUAUGUCGGACUCCUGAUCAGUACUUCACACAACCCCACUACAAAAAAUCCAAACUAUCCCUUUAAGAUGGCAAAGAAGAGCAGCAGGCAGUAAUCAACAUGAAAGGUCAAAGUUAGUGAUCAAGAUAUGGAUUUACAAAUGGUACAAAUACAGUCCACUUCGGUGCUCGAGGUACUUUCAGCCGGGGGAUGAGAUCAGCCCCCAUUUCCUCCUCACUGUCUGUACUCACAAUGACUCAUCUCUGGUUUUAAAGCUAUGGCAUUUAACAAACACAUUUGUGCCUGAAUUCAAGUGUUCAUCCAGUAAAACAGUUUCAAUGCAAUUUUUGAAUCAAUGCAAUUGUUAAGGGAAACCUUGUAACAUUUAUUGUUUAAAGGGCAACUUUGGUAUUUUUCAACCUGGACCCCAUUUUGCCAUUUUCUUUGUGUCUGAGUGACUGAUGAGAACACAGGUUUUGAGACUGGUGUGCUGCAGUGUAACCACUCUGUUCACACCGUCAGUGUACGUCCACGAAAGUGUUUGUUUUGUCACUGACAGGCUUAGAUUGUUAUUCUAAGUGUCUGACAACAUUAUGAAAGGAUCCCUACAGAGAUAGAGAUUUUUGUUAGAGAGUAACAUCCUUUUUGUUUAACCAGAAACAGCCCUGAAAACCCAAACCCACCAGACCCCAUUUAAAUAAAUGGCAAUUUUAUUAACAUUAUACAGACUUCAUUCAGAGUCGACAGAAACUAAAUAAAACUCACAGAAACCAUCUUGGUUCAUCUUUUCACUGUUGCAACAAUCACCAACUCUGGUCUGGCUGAAAUUAACCCUUAAUUCACCCAGUUACAUGUGAAAACAUGCUGCCUCUAUAUGUGCUAAAAUUAGUCUUUUUUUAAAUGGAGUCUGGUUGGUUUGGUGAUAGCGAUUUCCUAGCUGUCUCUGGUUAAACAGAAAGGAUCUUACUCUUUAACACAAAGCUCUGUCUCUGUAUAAUGAUGUCAGACACGUAGAAUAACAAUCUGAGCCUGUCAGUGACGAAAACAAACACUUUUAGUGGGUGUAUGUGGACGCAACUUGUCAGCUGCAGCGCUCCCUCUAAAAACCGGUUUUAAAGAAUUGUCGUUUCCAUCCGUCAGACACAAACACGUGGGAAAACAGGCUUCGAUUGGAAAAACAAAAGUUUCCCUUUGAUCUUAUUCUCUGUGUGUUUUAACAAGAAUGUACUACAGUUUGUCAGUUAGUUACUGUUUGCCUUCAGGACGUGUUCCCAUGUGCAGUGAUGUAGUGGUAACAAGUUAAGUAAAUGUGUAACAGAUAUUUUCACCACCAGAUGUUUUGUUGACUAAUCAGAACAGAAACUUUGGUUAAACAGUGUCUGGAAGCUUCCACUACAUCUCUGCUCAUGAUUCCUAACCACACUCUAACUUUAUAAAAUCUCCUUUUAGAGAUUGUUGGCUUAAUAUUUUAAUAGACCGCAGUGGCUUCUGUUUCUGUCUCAGGUUCAACAUUUGACAGCUCAUUUCCCAAACUGUUGACCGCCAGAGCAGCGACUCGUUUUCUAUGUCAGACAUGCUUUGUAAAACAGUUUGUACAGCUGCAGCAAUGUAACGCCAACAACUGCUCUACCUCUGUUCUCCUUUUUCAUAUUAUCAAUCAUUUGUUAUUUUAACACAGGAGUUUGGUGUGUAAAGGCCUUUAUACUUGCAUUAAAAAAGUGUUUAUCGCAGUCGCAUGAAAACAUUUUAAAAUCAUUUUUAAUUCCAUAUACACAUGAUGUUUCUGUAAAUAACACAGAGUCCCUCGCUGUCUCUUGAUAAGGGCUUCUUGUGACGUCGGUACCUUUAAAGAGAUAGUGCACCCAAAAAUGUAAAUUCAGCCAUCAUCUACUCACCCAUAUGCCGAGGGAGGCUCAGGUGAAGUUUUAGAGUCCUCACAUCACUUGCAGAGAUCCAAGGGGAGAGGAGGUAGCAACACAACUCCACCUAAUGGAGGCUGACGGCGCCCCAGAUUCAAACGUCCAAAAACACAUAAUUGAAACCACAAAAUAUCUCCAUACUGCUCGUCCGUAGUGAUCCAAGUGUCCUGAAGCCCCGACAUAAAAAGUUGUUUGGAAAAACCUCAUUUGAACUCUGUUUUUAGCCUCAUUGUAGCCUGUAGCUCUGACUGCCUCUCUGUGCACCGCGCUCACGUGUGUGCGCUUGUGCGAGACCAGCGAAAGCACGUGAACACACAUGAACGGGGUGCCCAUGUCUCACGGUCUCGCAAGUGAUGUGAGGACUCUAAAACUUCACCUGAGCUUCCCUCGGCAUAUGGGUGAGUAGAUAAUGGCUGCAUUUUCAUUUUUGGGUGCACUAUCCCUUUAAAAUUACUGUAGCUGCAGUUUUCAGAGCUUCAGUUCAGUACAUGAAAGGUGAAACAGAUGUUUUCAUGUAACCCUAUUUUCUGCCAAUUCUUCACGUCCUGCCUCUGCCUCUCUGCCAGCUAUCAGAUCCACUCUGUGCCUCAGUCCUCUGCACAGUAUUUUAUUAAUAUAAAACACCACAUGUUGGAAUAAGUGUCCCAACAGUUUGGAAAAUGAGCCCCUCAUUUAAAUAAGCAGCAGAACUAGCAUUUAGCAGCAGGUUUAGGACAAAAUGUUAGCAUUAAGUUUUGCACUGUCUUUUCUUUCCUAUUUGAUUUUGUGAGGCUUUUUUAUUGUUUGUUUCUCUGUAAUCUGCUGUUUUAACUCUUAAUUAAUUGUGAUGCUUGAACAUUUUUGAUGAAUUUGUGGGUGUUGUAGUUUUAUUAAAAUGAUCUGGUAUACCAUGUUUUCUGAAAUGACACUCCAGACUUCUUAUUGCUGUGUUUCUGUCAGUGGUUUUCAUUAUGAAGCUUAUUUAAAUGUCAGUUGUGGACUGUGUGAUGAAGGCUUUUUACAGAUGGUGACGACAUUUUAUGUGAAAUAAAAGAACUUACUGACCCUA